AUGUUCCUCACAACAUUUCUUCAUGUUCCUGUUAGAUAUGAACUGAUAUCACGGUGUUGGUCACAGGAACCAGGAUGUCGACCAAGCUUCACUGAAAUCGUGGAGGAGUUGAACAAGAAGUUGAAAAGCAUGACAACAGAGGUGAGGAAUUAAACUGUUGGGAAAUGUUAGAGCUAUAUUUUUUAAAAACAUCUAUAAAUUUAAGGUAAUAAAAGUGUGUACUUUUCUAUACUGCCUUGCUGAAUCAAUGGAACAAGAGUUCCUAAGCUCUACUUAUAUGUAUACAUGUUAUAUGUUCUGCAGGAUUGUGUUAUAAACACAACUGCCACUAGAACUGCCUAACAUACACAGUUAACACUGUUUCAAUAAUUAGACUGCCGCUAAUGAGACAAUAUGCAGCUACUUCAGUCAGUUAAGGUUGUAACAUGCAAUAGUCUAAAGUGUACAAUCCAAGCGCGAACAGCAACAUGGAUAUGUCUAAUUUUAAUAUUUUGAGACUGUGAGCUGUUGUAGUAUAGCUUUGUACAAUUUAUAUAAACAUUCCUGGACGUACGACUCGUACAGAAAUGUACGAAAUACUACGAAUUAACAGCGAAUGGUUAAAGUUUGUAAGAUAAAAGCUGUCUCAUUAUUCUGAUAAAAUAAAAUCUAUAUAGGUUUAUGUUUUUUAUUUACUAUAGGAGUACAUUGACGUUCAAGCGCCAUCGUUAAGCGACAGUACACCGCUUACACUAUCAGAGUCUGGGCCCAACCACGGUCUGAGUUCAGUUCGUAUAUCUUUCGCAAACGUUUUUAUCGGCGAGGAAAAUGACGCGGAGGACGAAGACGAAAUACAAAUGAACGAAUAUGAUGAUCCCGACAACAGAUCUGAAGAGAAGAGCAGCGACAAUGUAUUCGUCGAAUCCGAAGUGAAUUCCGAUAAAGCCGAACCAAACAUGAAGGUUGCCGGCGAAGAUUCGGUGUCGAUAGGAAACGGCUCGGAAAGGGGCGACAAUUUUGAAGCCUAA